AUGCAAAGAGACAUAUUUGGUCGAAUGUUGGGAAUAUCUCUAGGCCAUAAGGUUGAUAUUAAAAAGGUACUUUCAUUCCCACUUACACCUUUGCCAACAUACAUGUGUCAUGCUGAUGGAACUAUUUGUAAAACAGAUAAAGCACAGUUAGUCAAAAUAAUCGAAAAAACAAUGGAAGACAAUAUCAAUGAGCACCCGUUGUGUUUCGUCAUAGCUAUACUAGAUGACUUCUUCAUGUUACACCAAAUGAAAGAAAUACCUCAAACCUUUAAUGGGUUAUCUAAAAAGGUCCUCACCAUGAUAACUCAAUUUAAAGCAAAUCGCAUUGACAUUAUAUUUUAUCAAUAUUUUACACCCUCAAUUAAAGAUUGUGAGCGUACACGUAGGGAUGAAUCGGCCAGCCCAGUUUCGAUAGGACCUAAUCAAAUACGACCUCAUAACUUCACUGCUCAGCACAAAAAUAUUCAAUUCAAAGAAGCUCUAGUUAAAUUUUUUUAUUAA